GUCUCUACUCCUUGUCCUACAUUUUCAAGCGUGCCAUAAUUUCAUGGCCUUGUUUCCUGAGUUUUCAUUUUCUUUUUCUUGAUUUCCACCAACAUGAAAUCAAAAUUACUUAGACUACUUAGUAUUAAUUUUCAUGGCCUUGUUUCCUGAGUUUUCAUAUUCUUUUACUUGCCGUGUAGUAUUUAUUUUCUUAAAUUAUAAGAUUUGGUGUUUUGAAAUUCUUCAAAGAAAAUAUAGAGAAAGAACAUUGACCUAGGAGUUAGAGAUAAAACACCCAUUGCCAAGAACUAGUAGCCAAAUUUAUGUCGUCUGAAGCUUUAUUUCUCAUAAACAUUAUAUAAUCUUGAUUAUAAAAGAUACAUUUGUUCACUACUAAUUGAUUAAUCCGUAUAUUAGAGUAAUGGUGCAUGGAAAAUCAUUGGGAAUUGCAUGUAAGUGGGCAUUACAAUGUGAGACCACCUUCCACUUUUUUGACUAGGAUAAGAACACACUCUCUAACUUUUUAUAUGCUACUUUAUAUACCAUAUCAUAUAUAAAGUAUACCGCUAAUUACAUAAAAGCAAAGAAAUAAAAUCACGUUUUCUGUAAACUUGUAUACAUAGCACAAUAUAACAUAUCAUAUCUAUAUUUAUGUAUUUAUAUGUUUGGUUAUAAUCAUGUACAAUUGGUUUUAGAAAUGGUAAAAGAUAUAUACUUUAUUGUUUUGGAAAUGGUAUAAUGGUAUGCAAGUUAAUUGUGAAAAAAUUCCAACAAAAAGUAUGAAAAUUAACUGUUAUCUAAUAGUUAAUUUAUGGAUGAAUCCAACUGAAAAACGCCAAUGUAUGCUUUGACUUUGAGGCCAAAUAGAUCUUUUAAGUUUGCAAUUGAAUUUCAAAAAAUGUGAUAUAAUAUAACGUUUGUACGUAUUAGUAUGUUGUGUAGCAGAUAGACUCUUGUUUAUAAAAACAAUGUUUGGUUUUAUUCGAAUUGUCAUUUUACUCUUUGCAUCUUUAGUCUUCGCUUAGCGUCUCGUGCAUGUCUUCCUCAAAAUCAUCACCAGUAAUAUACCUCACGUACACUCACAAUAUUUCUCUAUACCAAAGGCCUAAAACACAUCUUAAGUAAUUUUUUCUUAAGUUACUCCACCUGUCAUUCUGAUUACAGCAUUUUUAUGGAAACAUAGUUACGUACAUAUAUAUAUAGAAUGUGAUCUAACAUAACAUAUGAUAGAAGUUUUAUCUUAAGUACAUAAAUAUAUUACAAAUAUGAAAACGAUGUAUAUCAUCCAAAAGAACACAAUUAUUAUCUAAUAAGACUAAUACACAUAAAAUUCUAUCAAUAAAAUACUUACAAUUCUAUAAUACAAACACAUAACUUGGAUGUUUCUGCAUUCUAGGAAUUAAGUUGUGUACUUUUGUAGACAGGUUGAGUUAUUAAUUUCGAUAUAUAUUUUUAAAAUGGGUUCCAUUCAACUUUAUAAUCACCAGUGCCGACCAGAUUACUUUAUCAAGUGUCACAGCUUUUGUGGAAAAUUUUCCGUUAAUUCAUCAGCUUUUCAGUAUAUUGAUCACUAAUAUUAAAAAAAUUAUUAGAUUGAUUUUUGCGGCUAAUUUUAGAUGAUCGGACUACAAUAACUGAUGACACGCUAGCAUAUAAUAUAGCUUAAAUUACAAUAUAAGAAACUUUAUUCAGCCACUGGACAUGGCUACAAGAAAGUAAUCAACGACCAAAUCGGUAUAAUUACUUACGUAUAUGCAUAUGCAUACGUAGCACAGAACCCUAGCUAAGUAUGAUGAAGAAAACGAUCAAAAUCUCAGAAAAAUCACUCUCUUCCAAAUCCCAAAAAGGGCAUGCAUUUCGUAAUAUACAACGCACUGAUUCUGUUUUAUUUCUUCUACCUCUAUCCUACACAACACUAAUUAAACGACACAAAACUCAAAACACAGACACAUUCCCUUUAUUUAAUUAUUCUCCUUGCUAUUCCUUUAUGAUUAUCAUAAUAACCAAAAAUAUAUUUUCUACAAAAAUAAAAAAGAAACACCAUCUAAUCAUGUCUAUAUAUUCAAACCCUCGUACAUCUACAUCACUAAGUCCAUCUUAAAGCAUCUAAUCACAUUUAAACAUAUUCAAACGAAACACUAAGAACUCUAUUCUUGAAGCUACUAGAUCUAAUGACGUCAGGAGAAUUCUCCAUUAAAGCUAGAGGGUUAGGUGAUAACAACAACGGAGGUGGAGGAACAGGGACAAAGUGUGGAAGGUGGAAUCCAACGGUGGAGCAAGUGAAGCUUCUGACGGACCUGUUCAAGGCGGGGCUACGAACACCGAGCACCGAUCAGAUUCAGAAGAUCUCUAUGGAGCUGAGUUUCUACGGUAAGAUCGAAAGUAAGAACGUGUUUUAUUGGUUCCAAAACCAUAAAGCUAGGGAAAGACAAAAGCGCCGUAAAAUCUCCACCGUCGACUUUGAUCAUCGUCAAGAAACAAAUCUCUCUAUUCCUCAUCGACACAACAUACGUCAUCAUCAACCACCACCUAAAGAUACUUUUGAAGCUUGUGAAAAAGAGGAGAAGGUGAUAGAGACGUUGCAACUCUUCCCAUUGUCGAAUGUUGAAAGAGCGAGAAGAAACAUUACUGCUACGAGCCACAACGAAUACGUACGAGAGCACGUCAAUACGACGGUGUUUUCUACAUACUCAUCGUGUGGAGCUGAGAUGGAACAUCCGCCGUUGGAUCUUCGUUUGAGCUUUUUAUGAAUGGUUUUUAUAUCAACUGUUCUUUGUGGAUGCGAAAAAAAUGAAGACACACCCAAUAUGCGGAGUUAUAAUGUUAAGAACCCGAGCAGACGAUGCGGUAGAAUUAGCAUCACUGUCGUAAUGAAUAAAAUAUCAAAAUGUUAGGGAAGUUAUAAUGGAGGUUGGUGUGUAGGACUUUAAGAGCAUGUAGUGAGAUUACGUACGAGCCAUAGCAACCAUGCGAUUGGGAUGAGGAAACUUGUACUUGUAACAACAUAAACCCUUAUUAUAGUCGUAGUUUGAGUUCACCCAUUAAUUAUUGUUGUUUUUAAAUUAAUUAUUGUUGUUUGUUGUUACAUGAUUUAUCUUGAUCUAUUACUCAUCACUCAUUGUCAUGUUUAACGGUCUUCCCUUGAUGAGUCUUUAAUUAGGUUGGUAACAUCAAAUCAAAAUCAGUAUGGUACGAUUUUGGACUAAUUUGUAUUCAUUCCGGAGCCGAUAAAAUCAGCCAAUAGAGCACAUUAAAAAAGAAAAAAAAAAACAUCAGCCAAACGAUUGUACUGUUUAUUAUAUAUGUCCAGUUAAUCAAAAGUCACAUGCAAAAUAAGGUAUGCAAGAGAGAAUGUUAUAACAUAUGGUUUACAAAAAAAAAAAACUAUA